CAAUGAGCAGAUUCGUCAUCUUCUUAAUGCCCCUGAGACACAGACGUCUCGCAGGGUUACGACGCAUAAAGCGUUACACCGCGUCAAGAUGAUUUAGCAGACCAAAGAGAAACAUGGUGGAUCUGUAUUUUAAGGCUGCGCGAGAUGGGAAUCUUAAUAUCUUGAAAAACGCUACAAAAAGAGACACGAAUCGCCGAGAUGAAGAUUAUAUGACACCUGUACACUACGCCGCGAGCUGUGGAAAUGUCGAGGCUUUGCGUCUUCUUGUAGGAAAAGGUGGUGACCCGGACAAGACCAAUUGUGACGGCUCUACCGCGGUGCAUUUAGCUGCCGGAUGCGGCCAGCUCAACUGUCUGUCAUUCCUCACAAACUUCGGCGCGAACAUAUGGGCGCUAGACAACGAGGGACACACCCCCUUAGAAGAAGCGGCGAUUCAUGGGCGGAUGGACUGCGUCCGACAUCUCGAUGGACUUGUUGCUAUUCAGAUGUUACGAAACAAGAAGGAAACGGAGAGGUUGAAAAGAAGAGCUAAAAGCGAGGCGAUCCGGCGAAUGCGUAAGCAGAGCAAGAUGCAGCAAGAACGAGAAAAAGCGUACGAGAAGAGAGUUCAGAGAGAGACAAAGAAUGGGAAAAAUAGUGCGGAAAUGAACGAGCUGAAGGCAAGUAAAGUGUAUAGUGUCAGUGACUGGGAUGUGCAGAGCUCGAGGUCAGGCUACAUGAAUGGUUCAAAUAGGCCAAGAAACUUCUCGGAUCUCGCUGGGGUAUCGGCGAGUGAAGACACGCUCGACGACAUCGACACUAGAAGCACACUGUCGCACGCAUUGUCGGAUACCUUCACUGGCAAGAGUAAGUUUCUAGGAAGAAUCCGUACAAAGAUGAGCACGUUAGGUAGAAAGUCAAACAGACAAGAAAAUGGGAAUGUCAUUUUGAUGAGGAAUAGUUCAAAAAGUGAGCCGAACGUUAGCAAAAUCGGACGGGGUCAGAAAUCAAACGGAUUUGGCCAGUACAAUGAAACACCAGUCAUGCUCUCACACCGUCCACUAGCGACUAAUUCAGUCACUGAUCCACAGUCCGAGCCAGAUUCCGAUGACUCCUUCGACGAGACCAAUUCUGUGGGACACAUUACAAAGAAAUACGACGACAAAGGCAACGUCACCACAGAGAUCCAAUACAUAAAGCGCGCUAAGUCUAAUGGGAGUAUCACAAGCCGAAACAGCCGGAACAGUCAGGCGAGCUUCUCCCAGCAAAGCCAGGGGACCUACAACGACUUUGGCAGCUUACACUCCGCGGGCUUCGAUGAUUACUCCUCAGACGUGUUGGCAGAGAGCACAGAGAUGAAAGGAGUCGUCACUUUUCUAGCUUCACUGAACCUUGAACAGUUUACGGCUUCAAUUCUGAAGGAAAGUAUAGACUUGAGUGCGCUUUUACUGUGUGAUGACAAGGAUUUGCAGAGUGUUGGGUUGCCACUGGGGCCGAGACGCAAAAUCAUGGAGGCGAUUAAGAGAAGAAACCUUGUGUUGAAGAACCCAGGACAAAUGAAAGAUUCCAGAAUUUGAACAUUACAAUAUUCAGUUUUCUUUGGGAAGCAAAUUAUCGUUUUAUAAUUUAGACAGGAAUGUUUGUUGCUUGGCACCUUUUCCGAUUAGUUUAAAGACGUACCAUUAACAGCAAAAUACACAUCAUCCACAGCAUAAUUAUCAAUAUAAUUAUCAUCCACGAUAUCAUCAUAAUCAUCAUCAUCUACAUCCAGGCGCUUACAAUGGGUGCACCCUUCUUGGCGGGUCAUUUACUAUGCUUUUUCCAUAUGAUACCUAUCACUGCGCACCCCGCCUCAGCCAAUCCUGGGCACGUGCCUGCCAUCAUCAUAUUUUUUUAUUGAAAAUUUUCAUGUAUUGAUAAUUGCGCAAUAUAAAUGUUAUAAAUUAUUGAUUAUUAUAUUCACAAUAUCAUCAUCAUAAUCUAUAUAGUUUUAUCAUCAUUAUCUACACCAUCACGUUUAUAAUAUCUUCACCAUAAUAAUAAUAAUCUACAACAUCAUCCUUUGAAAUAUCAUCAUCUACAACAUCAAAUUUAUCAUACCUACAUAAUUUUUCAUAAUCAAUGUCAUCAUCAUCAAUAAUAAUAGCAAUUGUCAUUAAUGACUAAACAACAAUGGCAAUAAUAGCCUUCCGAGGAGAGCUGAACUGAAUUAUGCAUAAAUUCUAAAAACAGAGGGAAGUUGGAGAGAUAAAACAAAACUAAUUUAUUUUAUCACUUCCUGAGCACUCCCUAACCAUUGAUCUGGCCGCUAAUAUAGAUUAAGUACCUUCUAGUGAAAACAUUUAUAGCAAUUUUAAUUUUUUUUUUAAAUGUCAAUUUUUAUAAAAUGGAAGAGUUAGUAAGAUUAAUAGGCUGUCAACAUAGGCAAAAACAGUAACUUUAUGCAUCCAGUAACUAUUACGCAUAACCAGUAACCAGUAAAUAUAAUGCAACAAUGCAAUGUUGUUCCAUUUUAUAAGUUCUCAAAGAAGUCAAUACUUACCAGGCAGAUUCUGGACUCUUCAAAGGUGGCAGCAUCCCUUGGGCGGGGUUGGGGGGACCAUACUGAGGCAGGGUUGGGGGGCAGGGAUAUAUAAACAUGUGAUGGGAUUGUGAAUUUAGCUCCCAUAACUUUCAUUCAGAUUUGAGCCCAAAGGGAGGGGCCAAAGCCCACUGGAUAUACCACUAGCAUGGAUCAGGAUUUUUGGUUUGCUGAAAAGAUAACUAUAACUUAGCCCUAGCAGCAGCUUAAUUCAGAGAAAAUGGCAUGACGGAGUAAUUGUAAAAUACAGAUAAUCUCCUAGUGAUAAUUUUUUUAAUGCAAAUAAAAUAUUUUAUUCACCA